AUCUUUGUACCUGAUAAUAGCGUAAACAGCCGAAAACUGGUUCGUAUAACAAAUAAUAAAUAUUUUACAACAUUCCACCAGUGUUGUGUGUGCUUCAUUCAUAACAGUUUUUAAAGUACAUGAUAUCGGAUUGCACAAAGUCUGUUACGUCAUUUCCUGUUAUUGACUCGCAUUGUUAUUCUUGCAGUGUUCAACAUCCUCUUUGUGGCAAGUACUGUUUAUUUUGGUGCAUUAUUUCCUAACAGUUAUGUGUUCUACAGACAGAAAAUGUUACGGAGAAGAUGACUAUCAGAAGAGGGAACGGUUGGAAGUGUCUUCUGAUAACUCUACUAAUGAAUUUGAAUUUUCCAUUGAAAACUCUGAAAACUUAAAACAACACGAAGAUGGCGAUGAUCACACAGAACCCUUUUCAAAGGAAGCACAAGAACAAUUUAGAGCAAAUUCUGUUGAGUAUGACUUACUUUCUAGUAAUAGGAAUGAAAUAUAGGCUACAGCCACUCAGGCUACAAUGUAUGGUAGGCGGAGCAAGAAGUAUGUGUUGAAAGAAAACCAGAGACCUACAAGAUAUUCGAUUAAGAAUUCUCAUAAUGGAGAGUCUUGUUUUAUGUUGUUCUUCUGUGUACCCCUUAUUGAGAAAGUGUGUAUGUGGACGAACAAGGACGGUCGAAUCGUUUACAAGGACUGGAUGAUUGGAUGCAUAUAGAUUUGCAUGAAAUGAAAAAAUUUCUUGAUGUUCUGGUUUUGACUGGUGCUAACAAGUCAAGAAAAGUAUAUAAGUCAACAUUGGCAUGUUGACAAUAGCCAGCCAUUGUGCAAUGAAAUUAUGUUUCGUAACCACUUACAUGCUAUUCUGAGGGUGUUGUGCUGGACAAUGCAGCAGCCCGACCUUAACAUAUAUCAAGUGACAAACUGGAAACAUUCAGAGAAGUUUUUGGGGUGUGGGAAGCUACCCUGAGGGACGCCUACUUUUCAGGAUGGUACGCGACAAUGGGUGGACACUUAGCCUGGUCGCAAGAUGAGACGCAGGUGACUUACGGUGAGUUUUUGCGAACCACACAACUGAGUGGUCCUGCGCACGUUAGAGCGCAGCGUGACGUGACGCAGUUCCUGCGCUUCGUGACCCCGCGGACUGCAGUCUCCUGUACGCAGUUUACUGCGAGGCUCACGGUGGUUCUGGCUGUUGGUAGUUUGAAAUGGAGGAAAAGCUAAUUGAAGCCGUACGUGUUCGCAAAGUUCUGUAUGGUACAAGCCAUGAAGAUUGCUUGAAAACGAAGCUGAAAGCUGAGAAGUGGGAGGAAGUGGCCAAGGAAACGGACAUACGAAAUGGACACCCAAGAGAAUAUGAGGAAGUUACGGGUGACAACACAUGAGACAUCGUUAUCAUCCAACAAGAAGAAGGGCAUUUUCUCCCUAUCUUUCCUCUCACCAAAAGAUGAACAAGAGCAGUAUAAACCAGUAAGCUACCAUCAGUUGUUUCGAUAUGCAACAUGUGCAGAGAAGUUCCUUGUGCUCCUUGGUAUCACAUUUGGAAUCAUUGCAGCUAUGGGAUUACCAGCUUUUAUUGUACUUUAUGGUGAAUACACUUCUUUGCUAGUAGAUCGUGCAAUGUCAAAUACCACUAUAACCCAAGCAGUCAUGCUCAGCUGGUUUGGUGGUGGAAGAUUAAUCAUUAAUGGUACUGAGGAAGACACAAAAGAUGCAAUACUAGAAGAUGCGAGAGCCUUUGGCAUUGGGCUGACUUCAACAACAGCAGCACAGUUCAUUAUGUGUAUACUGUGCAUUAUAUGUCUCAACAAUGCUGCACAGAAACAAAUUCAAAGGAUCAGGGCUCUUUUUCUGCGGUCAGUUAUGCGACAAGAUAUGGCAUGGUUUGACACAACUAAUGCAGCAUCGUUUGCCAGUCGAAUAACAGGGGACUUGGAUAAGAUUCAGGAUGGAAUUGGUGAGAAACUUGGCAUGUUCGUUUACUUACUGAUGUCCUUUGUUGCCUCAGUUGUGAUGUCAUUCUUACAUGGCUGGAAAUUGACUCUUGUGAUUUUCAGCUGUGCUCCAAUAAUUGUUAUUGCUACAGCUGUUGUUGCGAAGGUUCAAAGUUCACUGGCAGCUCAAGAGCAGAAUUCAUAUGGUAGGGCUGGAGCCGUGGUGGAAGAAGUACUCAGUGCUGUUCGCACAGUUGUUGCAUUUGCUGGUCAACAAAAGGAAGUAGACAGGUAUAAAGACAAGCUGGUUUUAGCUGAAAAAAUGGGAAUCAAGAGAGGAAUGUUCACUGGUAUUGGUGCAGCAACAAUGUGGUUCAUUACAUACUGCAGUUAUGCACUGGCAUUCUGGUAUGGAGUCACACUUAUAAUUGAUUCAAGAGUUACGGGUGACUAUGAGUACACUCCAGCUGUUCUUAUCAUUGUUCUCUUUGGUAUGCUUGGUGGAGCAUUCAAUAUGGGAAUGGGGCUGCCCCAUCUUGAAGCAUUUAGUGUUGCGUGUGGUGCUGCAGCUGCUGUGUUCUCUGUCAUCGAGAGAGUUCCUCAGAUUGACAGCCUUAGUGAGUCUGGCAAAAGACCAGAUAGUGUUGUGGGAGAUAUUCAACUCACUGAUGUUCACUUUCAAUACCCGUCUAGACCAGAUGUUCCAGUCCUUCAGGGAUUAAAUCUCAGAAUCAAACAUGGAGAAACAGUUGCAUUAGUUGGUAGCUCAGGAUGUGGAAAAUCAACUGUUAUCCAACUUAUUCAGCGAUUAUAUGAUCCUGUCCAAGGAAAGGUCUUUCUUGAUGGAACUGAUGUGAAAGAGUUAAAUGUGAAUUGGUUGAGAAACCAAAUAGGAGUUGUUGGCCAAGAACCUGUUCUCUUUGCUACUACAGUAGGAGAGAAUAUUCGAUAUGGGAGAGAAAAUGCAACGCAGGAUGAAAUUGAAAUGGCUGCCAAAGAAGCAAAUGCACAUGAUUUCAUAACAAAAUUACCUCAGGGUUAUGACACUAUGGUUGGUGAUCGUGGCACACAACUGUCUGGAGGUCAAAAGCAACGAAUUGCAAUUGCCCGAGCGCUUGUAAGAAAUCCACAUGUAUUACUUCUUGAUGAGGCAACAUCAGCUCUCGACCUAGCAAGUGAAGCAAAAGUUCAGGCAGCAUUGGACCGUGCUAGCCAUGGACGCACUACAGUGGUUGUGGCUCACAGGCUCUCUACAGUGCGUGCAGCUGACAGAAUAAUCUGCCUGGAUGCUGGCAGAGUUGUUGAGCAGGGCACACAUGUUGAGCUUAUGGAAAUGCGUGGCCGAUACUUUGAACUUGUGCAUGCAUCAGACAAGUCUUCUCACACAGCUUCAGCUAGAAAUAUGUCAGGUGAUGAGGAUGCUGAUCGUCUCCCAAACUUAUCUCGUCAGCUGUCAAGACAGCACUCAGUAGCAAGCAGUGUUGGUACAAAGUCCAGUGUUUCAGCAUUUGAAGACAUGGUUGAUGAAUCUGAAGAUGAUAACAUAUAUGAAGCACCUCUGGGACGCAUUCUUGCUCUAAACAAACCAGAGUGGGCUUAUGUCAUGAUUGGAUGUAUAGCAUCAGCCCUUGUUGGCACAAGUUUUCCAAUGUUUGCAGUAUUGUUCGGAGAAGUUUAUGCAAUCUUGUCUCUUCCUGAUUCAGAUUAUGUGACAGCACAAACUAAAGUGUAUGCAAUUUACUUUUUGGGCAUUGGUGUUAUUGCUGGUGUUGGCAGUUUCUUCCAGAACUACAUGUUUGGAAUUGCUGGAGUGAAACUUACAAGCCGUCUGCGUGUAAACACUUUUCAGUCUAUGCUUAAUCAGGAAAUUGCUUGGUAUGAUGAUGAGAAGAACAGAGUUGGAAUUCUUUCAGCAAGGCUGUCUGGGGAUGCAUCUAGUGUUCAAGGAGCAACAGGGCUAAGAAUUGGUACCAUGGUUCAAGCAAUAUCAACUUUAUUUGUUGGAGCAGUUAUUGCACUUGUGUACACAUGGAAACUUGCACUUGUUGCAAUGGUAUCAGUGCCAAUUGUUUUUGGAGCAACGUUUCUUGAAGCAAAAAUCAUGCAGGGAGGUGGACUGGAUGAGAAGAAAAAGUUGGAACAAGCAACAAAGGUGGCAGUGGAAGCUAUUUCAAAUAUCCGUACAGUGGCAAGCUUGGGGCAGGAACAAUCAUUUAUCAAUCAUUACAAUAUUUCACUGCACUUGGCUUCCCAGGCAAUGGUGAAGAGAAUGCGACUGAGAGGAUUGGUGUUUGCUACAGGGCAAACGACACCAUUUUUUGGUUAUGCUCUUGCUCUGUAUUAUGGAGGGUAUCUAACUUCAGCUGAAAACAUGCCAUACAAAAAUAUAAUAAUGGUGGCUGAAGCUCUAAUCUUCUCAACAUGGAUGUUGGGUCAGUCUAUGGCAUUUGCACCAAACUUUGGAACUGCAAGAUUGGCAGCAGGGCGUCUCUUUCAGCUUCUGGACAGAAAACCUCUAAUUUACUCUGGCCCUGAUAUUGGGGAAUCAGCAGUUCCACAGAUAAAUACAGGUGGAAGUGUUGGGUAUUCAGAAGUUCAUUUCCACUAUCCAACACGACCAGAAGUGAAAGUACUAAGGGGACUGAAUCUGCUCAUAAGACCAGGAAACACAGUUGCACUGGUUGGACCAAGUGGCUGUGGCAAGUCUACAUGUGUGCAGCUACUGCAACGGCUCUAUGAUCCUAUCUCUGGCAAAGUUACUUUAGAUGAGUGUGACAUACAGUCUUUUCCCCUGAAAACACUUCGUGCUCAGCUGGGGAUUGUAUCACAGGAGCCUACUCUGUUUGACAGAACUAUUGCUGAGAAUAUUGCAUAUGGUGAUAAUAGCAGAGAAAUAUCAAAAGAGGAAAUAAUAGCAGCUGCCAAGGCAGCAAAUAUUCACAAUUUUGUUUCAGCACUUCCACUUGGUUAUGACACAGGCCUCGGUGCUAAGGGUGCACAGCUUUCUGGAGGCCAGAAACAGAGAAUUGCCAUUGCUAGAGCUCUGGUCCGCAAUCCAAGAGUAUUAUUACUGGAUGAGGCUACAUCAGCUCUGGACAAUGAAAGUGAAAAGGUUGUGCAGGAUGCAUUGGAUCAAGCUUCAGAGGGAAGAACUUGCAUUACAAUAGCCCACAGGUUAGCAACAGUGCAGAAUGCAGACACUAUAUGUGUGCUGAACAAUGGAAAAAUUGCUGAAAUGGGAAGGCAUGAUCAGCUGCUUGCUGCAAGAGGGCUAUACUUCCAGAUGUACCAGCAAUCUACUGGCAUGCCCCAGUGAUAUAAACACUAUUAGCUCCACCAAAACUGUCUCAAGGUGCCAUAUUGAUCUUUUGAUAACAAGUAUUUUGAUAAUUAACAGUACCUUCAAAUUCUUUUAAUGUGAUGAUUUUAUGAUUGAAGUGUUAUGGAUGAAAGCAUUAUGUGAGAGAUUCACAGUAAUUGUAUAAAAUUCUGUAAAUACAUUCAGGCAACUCAGUUAUUAUUUCGAUAUGUAGUUUUGUAUCAUAAUGUUGAGAGAAUUUUUUGUGUGAAGCAUAGGAAACAUGAUCAAUGACUGUUUUUUAUGGCAGUCAUAUUCAACAUAAAUGCAAUGUUAACAGAAUCUCAUGAGGAGUUUUAGCUACAAAGAAAUUUGAUGACAUUCAUAAUCAUAGAUAUAUAUACAGUUUUGUGAGUACCUGUUCAGUAUUAUUGUAACUUUUGCAUGUACUUCUUAAAACUUAGUGAAUAAAAGAUUUUUUUUACUUGUUAAA